UCAUGUUGCAUUUGCGAAAACCGCAUUAAUUCAACAUCUGUCAGCUAGCUAGCACUGCUAGGUAGUUGUAACUGUUAAGUAAAACAAUAUAUAACUAGCAACAACAGGCACUGCUACCGCAGCAUGAAGAGAAACGCAGUUACGGGACUAUUCCGAACAAUUUGACUGCGUUCCGACCAUGUUCUAGGUUUCAGCCAGGAUAUAGCUCUGCCUGGUUUGUGCCAUAAUUAGAGAUAGCUAGUUAGCUGAUGUGAAUAUCUUGCCGGGUUAAUGUUACCUGAUCCUGCAGCUACUACUAGCCAGCCAAUGUUACCAAGCUAACGUUAGCUAGCAAAAAAACGGCCCUUUAGUUGUCAUUAAGUUAAGCUGGCAGCAAGCUAGAUAACAAGUAGACCACUACUUUUCCCGCGGGUUGUCAUCAUUUAGCUAACGUUAGCUUGGCUAUGUGUGUAGCAUUUGCAAUGAAUGAAUGAAGUUGUUUCACUCUACCAAGCUACUACAAUGUCGUCGAUCCAGAGAAGCGAAUGGAUACUGACAGGCGCCACUGUUGCCGGUGUUGCGGCUCUGUACCUGCCCUGCGUGCAGAGGGCUGUCCCUGGCGGAGACUCAGGAGAGCUGAUCACCGCUGCAUGUGAGCUGGGGGUGGCCCACCCUCCAGGCUACCCUCUCUUCACCCUGCUGAGCCGCCUGGCCCUGGCCCUGCUACCUUCCCUGUCUCCUGCCCACGCUGCCAACCUGCUCAGCGCCCUGAUGGGGGCGGGGGCCAGCGGGGCCCUCUGCUACACCGUCUGCAGGUAGGGCCCACCCAGGGAAGUGGACUCUCUCGUUCCUCCCUGUCUGUCACCACUCUGAUUCUGUUGUUGUUUCUGGUUUUGCUGUUGUUGUGUGGCCUAGCUAUGUAGGCUAACUCACUCAACUAAUUAUGGAUGGAGGAAGUUGACAGCAAAUUGCUAAAUUAACGACUGAAACAAUGGAAUGCCCAGGGAAAUAGGCGUCUUUCUAAUCCCUUAACAUUGUCCUACCACCAUUCUGCAUCUCCCCGCUGAAAACGUCUGGUAGUGUGUUUGUGGGUCUUGACUGACAGUGUCCUGUCUGAUCCUCUGUUCAGUAUUCAGCAGCAGAACUGCUACCCUCUCUUCCACCACAAA